AUGGAUAAGACACCCGAUGGUAGAUUAAGUCAUCCAUAUAUUGAAAAGGUCAAUGCAUUUAUUAAUUUUGCAAAAGCGGUUGUGAACUUGAGUAGUAAUAUUCUGUGCCCAUGUAUUCACUGUGUGAAUUGCUAUCGACAAUCUCCUCAUAUUUUGUGUAUCCAUUUGCUUCAUCAUGGGAUUAUGCAAUCUUACAUUAAAUGGUAUAAUCAUGGAGAACCUUGUGUAUUGAAUGAGAACAUUCAUGAUAAUGAAAUGUCAGAUGGUGAUCAUAUGGAUGGUAUCAAUGCCUUGGUAGGUGACCGAAUUAGAAGGGAACCAAGAAAUGCAACCGAAGAUGAGGAGGUGCGUCAUUUUAACAAAUUUAAGAAUGAUGCAAAGCGUGAGUUGUAUCCGGAUUGCACUGAUUAUAGUAUCUUGAAGUUUGUUAUUAAGACGUUGAAUGUAAAGGUAAUGACUAACUUGAGUAAUAAGAGAGUUGAUAUGAUGCUAGAAUUGCUAACAAAGGUUUUACUGAAAGGUAACUUGGUUUCAAGGUUAACUUAUGAAGCAAAGAAGAUAUUAUGUGACUUAGGCAUGUCAUACGAGCAUAUAGAUGCAUGCAAAAAUGAUUGUGAACUAUUUUGGAAGGAAAAUGAAAACCUUGAUAAAUGUCUGGUGUGUGAGGCGCCUAGGUACAAGGAUACACAUGCCCAAGGUAAGAAGAUUCCUCAUAAGGUAUUGCGUUACUUCUCGUUGACACCGAGACUAAGGAGAUUGUACAUGUCAGGGCAAAGAGCUAAGGACAUGAGAUGGUAUAUAUAUAAACGUGUGGAUGAUGGAAUAAUGAGGCAUCCGACUGAUAGUGAGGAGUGGAAGGAGUUUGAUUUACAACAUCUUGAUUUUGCUCUCAAACCUCAUAAUGAGCUAUAUUUUAUGUUGUCCUUACUUAUUCCUAGUCCUCAUCAACCAGGAAAUGAGAUUGAUAUUUACUUGAAACUAUUGGUUAAUGAGUUGAAGGAGUUGUGGGAAGAAGGUGUAGAAACUUAUGAUGCUUAUAGUAAAGAGUAUUUUCAAAUGUGUGCAACUUUGUUGUGGACAAUACAUGAUUAUCCUAGAUUUGGUAGCGUAUUUGGGUGGAGGACAAAAGGAAAGCAUCCAAGUAACAAGAAGAGACAACUCAUUGGGGAGCCAAAUUGGUCAAAGGUAAGUAUUUUGUACAAGCUUCCAUACUGGAAGAAUAAGAAGCUUAAGGACACUAUUGAUGUCAUGCAUGUGGAGAAGAACAUUAGUGAGAGUACUUACGGUACUUUGUUGGGCAUUGAGGGGAGAAACAAGGAUACUGACAAGGCACGAAUAGACUUACAAAAUAUGAACUUUAGGCACACGUUGCAGUUGAAACAACGUCCUGAUGGAUCAUAUGACAAAACUUGGGCUUUCUUUUCAUUAAGCCCAAAUGAAAGGGAUGGUUUCUAUAACUUUUUGAAAUCAAUCAAGUAUCCGGAUGGCUAUGCAGCUAACAUAUCAAGAGGAGUGUUUGAUGUCCCAAAAGUCAAGGGUGGGGAAUCCAAUGAUAAUACAGAAGAUAGUGACGCAUUCCAACAAAAAGCGAUUGUUGAUGUUGUCUUUAUUAAUGUUGAGGACAAUAUUAUUAACUAUUAUAUGGGUGAUGUUGAAACUGAGGUUAUUCUUGAAGGUGGAACUUCAAGAGAUGCUAAUCAAAAUGAAGAGCAUGACAUACCUAAUGUUGAUCUUGAUAUAGAUUAUGUUAGGUUCUAA